UGAACUCAUGAAACAAUUUAACGAAGUAAUCCUACUGUAUAUUACAGGAAAGGAGUACACCGCGGAACAAACGCAGUUGUGAGUGAAUAGUACGCAUGACGCAGGUGUUUGCUGCUGAAAAGUUACCAAACUGUGAGCCGACAGAGCUGCUCCUGUGUGACAGUGAGCCGUACGAUGGGAGCCUGUGAAGACACGGUCGUUAAUCCACCUGCCUGUGCUGUUUCUGAUCAAAUUCACGAUUUUUGAUGUUGCCCGGAGAGGAUGAAGAGCUUUUUACUCGGCUGCGUUUUUCUCUUGGCGAUGUUGCAGCGGAGCAACAUGCAAAUCACUGUACCUGCCACAGUGUUGAACUGCUGUGAAGGGGAUAUUGUCAUUUUGCUGGACUCCUCAGGAAGCGUGGCUAACUACGAGUUCUCGCGCCUGCUGCUCUUCGCUGCCGAGCUGUUCCGCCCCUUUUCGCUAGGCCGUGGGCACGUGAGAGUCAGCCUGCUGCAGGUGGGAACCAUGCCUAACCUGGAGUUCGGCCUGGACGCCCACAACAAACAGGAAAGUCUACAGAAAGCUUUGUGGAGUGUCACGCAGCUGCAGGGAGACACCAACACUGAGGCAGCACUCAAGGUGGCCGAGCAGCUCCUGACAGAGACAAAGACAGACGUGCCAAAGAUUCUGCUGUGGCUGACUGAUGGUGUGCAGCCUGGAGACGUGGACGAGCCGAUGUCAAGGCUGAAGGCGCAGGGAGUUUCUGUGUUGGCUGUGUCUACAGUACACGGCAACUACCGGGUGCUACAACGUGCAGUGACGCCUCCUCUGGAGUCCCACCUCUACUCUGUGGACAUAGAUAACAUCGACAUCAUCACACAGGACAUAAGGGAGGCCAUCAUCAAAAUUAUUCGUGCAGAACGGCUGAGCGUGGUUGACUUGACUUCCCAUAGUGCUGUGCUGCAGUGGCGUCCUGUUCUAAGCGCAGGCAGCGGUUUCUAUGAACUCUGGUACAACUCCAUGUUGAAUACAAAUACUGAGACCAGAUACAAUCUCCCAGGUGGCUCCAGCUUCGUAGAGCUGACCAACCUGCAGCCUGACACCACCUACACAGCGUCCCUCCGCCCGGAGUCCAACGAGAGGCUGUUUAACACCCUCUCUGUUAUCUUCACCACUCUUCCUGAAAUAAAUAAUAAAACUGGAGAACCAGUCAUUCAACAGGCUGAGUCUAUGUCAGGAGAUGUUUUAAGCCCGGCAGCGGUCUCAGUGUCAGACUCCGGCCCUCAUCAGAUCCGUGUGAGCUGGAGUCCUCUACAGCCAGCUCGGGUCCAGAGAUACACUGUGGAGUACGGAGCAAUUCCAAGCGGUCGGGUCAAGACCGUGACGUUAUCCAGUCAGCAGAAUUCCACCUUACUGACUGGCCUGGAGCCAGGCACUCAGUACCUGGUCACAGUCAGCGCUCUGCAUGUGAAUGGAAAGGAAAGAGCCAUGUCUGUGAAAGCAUGCACUCAGAAGGCAGCUCUGCCUGUCCUGGCUGACCUUCAGCUGACCCCAGUGGAGCAUCAGGAGGUGCAGGUAGCGUGGCGGGCCAAUGAGGAGGGCCUGAAAGGCUACUGGCUUAGCUGGGAGAGAGAAAACUCCCACAGCUCCUCAAAGCCCUCAAAGCCGUCCAUGUCCUCUGUCUACCUGCCCCCUACCUCUCGUUCAACGCGGCUCACACACCUCGCCCAAAGCAGCCGAGUGUGUGUGUCUCCUGUCUACAGCUCGGGCAGAGGAGAGGGGAUAUGUUGCACCACAGAGAAGCAAAAAGAUUCCAGCCAGCGGGGUUAACAACAAGAGUCUGCAGCAAUCAGGCAGCUGGAGCAAAAAAAUAGGUGAAAUCAAGCAUUUCAAGUGCUGGAUGCACAAGAUAAGAUGUGCAGGACUGAAUAUUAUUUCUUAAGUGAAAAUUUCAUCUGGAAAUGAAUUAUAGUGACACAGCAGGCUUUAUCGCAUAACCCCAGGCCUCUGUCCUCACAGUGGCUGAGCAAAUACUUAGCAUAAUUUAUUUCAGUGGGUGUUUUACUUCAUGGGAAAACUGUCUGCUAGAGCACCACAAAUUCAUUCAAACAUAUGAACAGCAACUUACAUAGCUGCUGCCGAAGACAGACAGACAGGAGGGAGAUGCAGCAGCAAUGUUUAAGAAACUGUUGUCUUUCAGAAAGAAAAAGAAAGAGUAUUCAGGUAGACAGAACAAUUAUUUAUUAUUAUGACUGACAGUCUAUAUUGUCAGCCUGCUCUUAAAUUGGAUUGUUACAUAAUUCUAGGCGUAUUUACUUGACAUUAUAUGGAAACGUUAUCUCCUCCAUGAAAGUAUAUUCAUUGCUCUUAUCAGUGUAAAAUUUUGUCCUGCCAGUCAGUUUCCCUGGUGUCGUCUGUCACUGCUUUUAAAUCCUAAAACUUGUUAAAUUAUAUCUUUUUUGAAACAAGGCUUUUCUCAGCUGAUAAGUGACUAAAAUUUGAAUGAAGUUUUGGUUACAACACCUGAAAUAAGGUCUGUGGAUCAUGACAAGCUUGAUAAAAAUUUCAUGUUUUGUAUCUGUGUGGAACCAUAAACCAUGAAACAUCCCGGUAGAGCUGAAGUUUGACAGUUAAAAACACAAGUGUCCUGAUAAAUCAUGGCAUUAGAGACUGAACUACAGCAACAUGAUAAUCAGACAGAAUUGUCAUUUGUUUCCACCUCAUUGUUCAUUUUUCAUUGCUGAGAAAAAUCAAAGAUACACAAUGUUUUUUCUGUGUUCACGUGUAUGUUGUUAAAUCAUUUGGAAACAUAAAUGGCUGAAGAAGCUUUGAAUGCUCAUCAAAUGGCUGUAAUUAAUGUUUUUCCUUGAUUAGCAAAGCGCUUUCGCUCACUGAUACUGAUCAUUCCUUUUCCUUUGAAACUUAUAAAAACAGUUUUAACUUGUGAAAACUGUCAAAGUGUAUGAAUAUAACAAAGUUGUGUUAAACAGAGUCUUAUCAAUCAAAAUAAUCCAUUGUGAGGUUGCGACCUACAUAACCUAACUAUGGUGAUGCUAUCUGAGCUGCAAAAAAAACAGUUAAUAAUUUUGAUUAACAACCAAAUUUCAGCUUGUUAUGUCUCAUCUGUGGCCUCUGAAGUGGCCGUUGACUGGAUGAAUCGUUCAUUUUAUCAAAGCAGUUUCAAAUGGUCAGAUUGUGGAGCCGAUUAUGAUUGAGAAAGUGUUUUUUGGGUUUUUUUUUUUUUUGCCUGGACAGACAAGUUUGAUCCGUUCUCUCUUGGUUUCACUCAGUGAUGGACAUCUAGCCAUUGUAUCAUACGCUGGCAGCAAACACUGAAGUCAUAGACGGAAGUGUUUCUGCAUCGCCGUCAGUGAUGAAAAAGCAGAGAGGAUGUGUUGCUUGUAAAGCUUAAAGAUGAUUAUUGUACGUUCUGUCCUCGGCUCUUUAGAUCACAAUAAAUUCCAUACUGGAUCAGCUUCCUUUUUAUGUGUGUACAUUUCAUCUCAUAAGCAUUCAGAUCUGAUAGUCAAUAUGUACUGUGAAUAUUUUUGUUUUAUUAUUUCAUUGUUCUGUAUUUAUACGCUGUGGCCAUGUUUGUCUGGUAAAAUAUUUCUCUG